CAACUAAUUAACAGAAGAAGUUGUAUUUUGGCGUCCCUAUUGGCAAUGUACUUGUUAUACAAUAAACUGUAAGUUGUACGUCAUGCAGGGGACUAGCAAUCGAUCGCAGAAAACAACUCACUGAUCAAUACUGUAAAACUCCGCGUGCAUAGGCUGGAAACCGGUGAACUUGCUUAUCAAUGUGUAUAAAUGGAUAAAUGAGGGAAAAAAAAUUUUGCUAAACAUUUUCAGAUAAGGCAGACGAUACCGGUGUAAAUAUAGACAUCCAAGCUGGAACAAAUGACUGUGAACGUGAAUGAAUCCGAAGAGAUAGUUUUGACGGCGGGAAAACGUGACAGCAAAGCUGUGGUCAGAUUGGACAGGCGUCACGUGACAGAAGUUGAUAGGGGCAAAGUUCACCAUGUGUCCGGGGGUCCGUAUAAAGGGUUUCUUAUCAACAAGAAGUCACAAAAUCUGGAAAAUGGUGACCCCGCGGAAGCAAGGCUCGAGUUUCUAGCGUACCUGGUCAACAAGGACCAUAACAACGAACCAGUUCAGGACUCCUGGAACCUUCGCUUCUGGUUUAGGGGCAAACCAGAUGGUAUAACCAAGAAAAGAACUUUCUCCCAGUAUUUUCAAGAACUGAUGAAUCCAGAAAACUUUCCGAAAAAUUACAUGUGUUUUAUGAAGAAAGCUAUGGUUCUGAUGAAGACAUAUCUGCUGAUAAAAAGGGUCGAGCUAGAGGUUGAACAGGUAUCAAAACUUCAAUCCCCAGAGGCUACCCCGCCCGUCAAAAGUUUUGUAAGCUUGUUUACUCCAGACAUCUACCAGUACAACUUUGUACCCGAGAUUUCCAUGAACACAAAAACUUAUCUAACAUUCAUGAUCAAAGCGAAGUGUGACGCCCAUAUAGCAUUGUCAGCAAAUUACGGGGAGCUUCAUAAGAAGACAAUUGAAAUUGUGAUAGGUGCAGAUCAUAAUACUAGAUCAAUGAUAAAAGAUGGUGUAGAGGGAAGUGUAAGGGCUGAUGCCUUAACUGCUAACGUUCUUAGUGGUUCUGAGCUGCGUUACUUCUGGAUAAGUUGGGGUGAUUUCAAGAUCGAGGUUGGUAGGGGAUCCCAUUACGGGGAAGGGAAAUUCCUUAAAUGGAAUCUUCCGGAUAAUAAACGAUUUGAUAUAACUUCCUUGGCUGUUGCCACUGACAAUACGUCACAUGGGCAAUUUGAAUUUGCAGAACUUAUGGAGGUAGAAACUGACUUCACCAAAAAGGCAAAGAAGUCCCGUAUUCAGAGACAGCUAUUGUGGUUGGCAAAAAAGCAAAGAAUAUUACGUUGUCUUGAAGAUGCUUAUCCGAAUACACAGUCAGUGCAAGAUAUUUUAGCGCAAACAGCAGGUAGAAAUUUGGACUCUGGAAGUUUGGUUAUGUUAAUGAAGGAGUUGGAGAAGACUCAACAUGUUAGAGAGGUGGAGGUAGGGAAAUGGUUGAGAAUACAACACGAGAUUCAUCAUGGAACAGGUCACGAUUUAAAACUUGUAAAGGACCUUCCACAGCUGACCGGUCGAGAACAACCUACAAUUGCCAUAGUGACGUCAUUGUACUGUGAGAAACUUGCCGUUGACGCUAUGAUAGAUGACAAAAUAACGUUCGUAAAAUAUAAAACUGAAGUUCGGCGUAGUUUUGUAGGCGAGUCGCAGGUGUACACUAUGGGCACCAUUGGUAGAUUUAAAGUGGUGAGCACAAAACUGUCUCGACAUCCUACAUCCAACCAGAGUGCGAGGAUAUCGGCUGAAAACACAAUUACCCGGAUCUUAGGUUCAUUCAACAAAGUAGAGCACGUGUUACUUGUUGGCGUUGCCGGCGGUGUACCCAUGCCAAAUAAUUACGGUCAUCAUGUUAGGCCAGGGGAUGUUGUUGUCUCCAUGACAACCGAAAGAAGGGACCCAAUGUAUCUCCAUUGUGCCAGGAUCAACCAUGAUCCAAACAGAAAAGGGUUUAUCUACACGACCAGGUCAUUUUCCUGUCAUAACAAAACCCUUCAAAAUGUCUCCAUGAGUUUAGAGUCGAUCGUUAAAACGGAAUGGAGAAAACCUCGGCCUUGGGACAUCUAUAUUGAGGAAGGCCUAAUUAACCUAGGAAAACAGGAGACAAGCUUCAGUCGACCGUGUUCCGAUAAAAAAUUGCGUAUUAUACGAGGAAAUGAUGACUCGGGAGUAAGUUUCGAGCACCCACUUCCCUCGAUGAAACAAGACAUUAAGGGUGGCAUUCCAAACAUUUGCUACGGAGCCAUUGGAAGUGGUAGAUUGUUAUCGAGAACACCAGCAGCCCGAACAGAUUUUGCCAUAGAAAAUAAUAUAAGGGCCUACGAUUUAGACUUUGAAGCUGUCCUGGAAUCUCUCGAAGGCAACAGGAAUGAAAGUUUUCUAGUUAUCCGAGGUAUAAGUGAUUAUAUAGAUGGUACGACGAAAGAUUGGCAACCAUACGCUGCGCUUACCGCCGCUGCUUAUAUGAAAGCUCUAGUGAUGGCUCUAUAAAACAGUCUGUGAUUUCUAUUUCUAUUUGUUUAUUUAUUUGUUGCUUGUUAGAAUGGGCAGUGCCUCCUUCCAUUAUGCAUGUGUCAUAUUAUUUAUUACGCUUUCAAACUUUCAAAAACCGGCUUCAAGCAAACACACACAUGCUUUAUUGAUUCAACAUUUUUUCUAAUAACUGUCUUAUCUUACCAUUUCAAUUGUAUGGAAAUAAAGGC